AAUAUUAUAUAUACACUUAAAUUAUCCAUUUCUUUAGCAACAAUUAUCCAUUUCUGGAUAUAAAAACUAAACAAAAUAAAAGUAAAACAGAAAAACAGUAUCAGAUGAUCCUACACUUUGGCACCUUUGGCUAUAGACACUGUGAACCCCUCAACAAAAUUGACACCAAUUUAAACUAAACCUACAAUAAUCAAUUGACCCAAAAACAGAAAAAAAGGGAAAAGAAUGACCCCAACUGCAAAACCCAGAUGGACACUAGAAGAAGAACUGGAUGGAAUAGACCUAGACCCAUCAGAUUUCACCUCAUCCCUUCCUCUAAAAAAGGUCCCAAACGGCGACGUCUUUGAAGCGUCGCGUGCCGGCGAUGUGGACCGUCUAAAAUACUUGCUAGAAUCAGGGGUUAAUGUGAACGCGCGUGACCAGUGGGACUCAGUGGCUCUAUACUACGCAUGCUUAGCUGGGCAUCUGGAUGCUGCAAGAAUGUUGCUUGAGAAUGGAGCUAUAUGCUCAGAGCAUACAUUUGAUGGAGAUAGGUGUCAUUAUGCUGCUUUGAAUUUGAAAGUCAGAAAGCUUUUAAAAGCUUUUGAAGCUAGACCUCCUCCGUUAGCUCCGUUACAAGCGGCGCUGAGAAAUAUUUUUUUGGGUUGUUUCAGUAAUAGGGCUUUUCUGGAACAAGCUGAAUUCGGUGGCUUUCAUCAUGUUCCAGGUCUUUCAUCCAAUGGGGUGUCCAAUUCCAACCACUUCCCUCCGGAUGUGGCAUUUUUUGUUCAAGGUAGGCCUAUUGAAGCUCACAGAGUCAUAUUAAGUGCUCGGUCAUCAUUUUUUAAGACGAAGUUUGAAACUGAUUGGAGAGACCGGCAUGAAGUAAGAUUUGGAAAGGAAAAGCUGUCUUAUCCUGCUCUUUAUAGCCUCAUUCACUUCUUCUAUUCUGACAGACUAGAGAUUAUAGUGGAUGACAUGGAAGAUCUUGUAAGAAUCUGCAAAGUAUGCAAAUGUGAAUCCUUAAAAAGGAUCCUUGAGAAAGAACUGUAUCAUCAAAAAUAUGCAGAGUACAAAGCAUUAAGAGAUGUAGACAACUCUCAGAAGCGGUAUAUCUUACAGGGUGCAUCGCUUCCUGAGGAAGAUCGGCUUCCUUCUGCCUUGCACCGCGUCCUUCAGACUUCCCUAGCAAAAUCCACCUUGGAACAAAACCUGGAUGUCAGUGUUGAUAGGUUAGUAUAUUCCUUCGAUGCAGUGCAGUUGAGCGAUUCUGUAGAUGAUCUUGCUGAUGUUUGUAUAAGAGUGGAUAAGAAGAUUUUCCGCUGCCAUCAAGUGAUUUUAGCAUCGAGGUCAGAGUACUUUAGAGCAAGAUUGUCCCGAAUGAAGGAUUUUCAUGAAGGGAAGGAUGGAUUACCUAUUGAUAGUCUUCCAUGUCUUGUAGAACAUGAUUUGAGCAUGGAAACAUUGGAGAAAAUGUUGGAGUAUAUGUAUACUGACAGCCUGAAGGAAAUAUACCCAGAUCAGGCAGAGGAAAUGUUUGAUGCUGCUUCAAGGUAUCUAUUAUUUCCUCUUAAGCGUGCUGUAGCAGAUGCACUGUUGCCACACCUGGAAAUGGUUUCACCUGCAGAACUAUGUCAUUGGCUUAUUUUGGCAGACAUGUACGGUGUCUUGAAGAUCCGAGAGUAUUGUCUGGAUAUAAUAGCUUGCGACUUUGAGACAUUUGCUGACACUCGUGAAUUUCGAGCUAUGCUUCUAACACUGCCUCCUCCAUCUGGAGACUCAUCGCUUCGCACCACAGCUCCAAGUGCUCCAGGAGCUAUAAUAAAUACAGACCAGGGAAAUCUUCUUGAUGAUUUGAGAGAGAAAUGGCUUGAAGCUGAGGCUGCUGAGCUUGACAAGAGAGACGAGAGCGCAUUACUAUUUGACAAGCGCCUUGAGAUGCUUAUGCUUGUGGCGGAGAAAGAAAAGUCUGAUGAGCCUACAGAUGGCCCUGAAGCUUUCUCUGAAUGAUUUUUGUAUUUCCUUCAUUCUACCCUCAAACAAAAUUAGACAGGGAUGAUAUAAACGACAAAAAUAACAGGAUUAAAAGUUGAAAUUCUGCAGACAAUUUUUUUAGUGUCUAUAAAUAAAUGUUGUAUAAUGAUGUCUAUAUUAUAUCGCAGUUCUGUAACUAUAGACAGAAUUGAGCCUGUAAGUUCUGCCGCCCAAGCACCAUUCUCAUCCGAAUUUUCCCUUUCUUUUCUAGUGAAAAUUCAUUCUGUAACUAACAGAUAUCCUCAAAGAUCUCUUAUUGAAUUGCUUUCUGAUGCUCUUUUUUUAA